GUGGGCGGAGUCCAGUGAGUGAAAGUGAGCGAACUAACAAAACAAACUAACAGCAUCGUGUUUGUUCCAGCAUCGUUUCGGCUAACGGGUCCUGUCUUCACCAUGGAUGGUAUGCCGACGCCUUUGCGGUGCUUUCGGGAGUGCCAUUCCGCAGAAAUGUUCGUGGAUGACGGAGUGAAGACUGUCACUUCGGUAGAGCAGAAAAAAGUGGAACGCAGCAUUGCAGAAGUUAUCGGUGUUUACAAGCAGAUCCACAACGUUCCUCAGCCAACAUUGUUGCGGGAACAACACUACCAAUAUCUCAAGAAGGGCUUACGUCAUUUAUCUGACGCCUAUGAGUGUCUGGAUGCUAGCAGACCGUGGCUUUGCUUCUGGAUUCUUCACAGUCUGGAGUUACUAGAGGAGCCCAUUCCCUCUGCUGUCGCCUCAGAUGUGUGUCAGUUCCUGGCUCGCUGUCAGAGCCCAACAGGGGGCUUUGGUGGGGGACCGGGGCAGCACGCCCACCUCGCACCCACCUAUGCUGCCGUCAACGCCCUCUGUAUCAUCGGCACAGAAGAGGCCUAUAAUGUUAUAGACAGGGAGAAGCUGCUAGAUUUCCUUUGGUCAGUGAAGCAACCAGAUGGCUCGUUCGUGAUGCACAUCGGAGGCGAGGUGGAUGUCAGGAGUGCAUACUGCGCAGUCUCUGUAGCAUCGCUCACAAACAUCCUCACACCUAAACUGUUUGAGGACACGACCACCUGGAUCCUCAGGUGUCAGAAUUGGGAGGGUGGUCUAAGUGGAGUGCCGGGUUUGGAGGCCCACGGUGGCUACACUUUCUGUGGCACAGCCGCCCUCGUCAUCCUGAGCAAGGAACACAUGCUGGAUCUCAAAGCCUUGCUGCGGUGGGUGGUCAGCAGACAGAUGCGAUUCGAGGGAGGCUUCCAGGGCCGCUGUAAUAAACUGGUGGACGGCUGCUACUCUUUCUGGCAGGCUGGACUCCUGGCUCUACUCCACAGAGCCUUAUUCAAAGAAGGAGAGACGGCGCUGAGCCGGCAGCGGUGGAUGUUUGAGCAGCAGGCUUUGCAGGAGUACAUCCUCCUGUGCUGUCAGAACCCAGCAGGGGGCCUUGUGGAUAAGCCUGGCAAAUCCAGAGAUUUUUACCACACGUGUUACUGCCUGAGCGGCCUCUCCAUAGCACAGCACUUUGGAAAUGUGGACCUCCACCGUGAGAUGAUCCUCGGCAAGGAGGAGAACAGAUUGGCUCCAACCCACCCAGUUUACAACAUUUGUCCAGAGAAGGUGGCUCAGGCCCUCCAGCACUUUCACCGGCUGGCUGUCCCCGAGGGCAACCGGCCGGCCGGGAACCCUGCUGGAUCACCCAACCGCCAGUCCUAG